AUGGAUACCUCCGACCCUCUACUCAGUGAUCUGUGCUCUAUAUGCCAUGUGAACCCCCCAAAAUACCGCUGUCCACGCUGCUCUACCCGCACCUGCUCUCUUCCCUGCACACGGCGACACAAACUCUGGUCCCAAUGCUCCGGUGUCCGUGACCCAGCCGCCUACCUCAAGCGCAGUGAACUCGCCACCGAAUCAGCCUUCGACCGCGACUUCAAUUUCAUCACGGGCGUCGAGCGCUCGCUCGAGCGCGCCGAUCGAGAAGUCGAGAACCGGGGCAUUGAUCUUGCGCGGGGACAGAUUCCCGCCGACGGAGACGGAGAUGAUUUACAAGAUUCUGGGCCUGGGCGGAAGAGAAAGAUCCCGCAGCAGGGCCUUGUGAAGGGCGAAGCUGGGUUUUUGCGCCGUGCUGAGGCUGGUGCGGUGACGGUUAUUAGGGCGCCGAGGGGAAUGACAAGGAACAAGCUGAAUAAUUCGCGAUGGCAUCCGAAGCAUAAGUGUCUUAGCUGGUCGGUGGAAUGGAUUUCUGCGACUGGGGAGAAGAUUCUUCGGAAUUGUUUGGAGGGCCAGGGUAUUGGUGAGGCAUAUGAUCGUGGAUUUCCGCUGCCGAAGCAGGAGAAGAUUGCUUCGGAUUCUUUGAAGGAUGAAAAAACCGACCAGCAGGCGGAUGGUGUUGAGGCGGCGCAAAACUCGACGGACAUGGCCUUGUCUGCGACUGCGGCGGAGAAUGUCACUGAAUCUAAAGAAACGCAACCAAUUCAACCGGCACCACCGAUCCAAUUGUCGGACUCUGAGGCUGUUGAGAAUACCCCGGAAAUAGUGGAGGAGAAGUCGCAAGACCUACCGAUUGGCCCGCACCGUGGCCUAUACUUCUACCUCCACCGUCCACGAACGACACUCAAAAAGCCAGUAUUGGUACCGCUGGCUCCUUUGAUGACCCUUGCAGCUGCACUACGGGAGCGAACAGUCAUGGAGUUCCCUACGAUAUAUGCGCUACCAGAAUCCCCGGAAAAGCUACUCGCAGAGAAAGACACAGCUCCGUUUAUUAUGGAAGAAGAAUACAUACGCAUUGUUGGUCCCGAAGAAGCCAUUGGCAAAAGUGCGGACGCAGAGCAGGGCGAAGCCGAGGCUGGGCUUGAGGCUGAGGCCGAUGCUUCAGACUUGACGGGAGCCUCAGCUGAUUUGCUGACUGCGGAUGAGGCAAAAGUGCUGGAAGUGCUGAAGCACGAUCUGUUUGAACCAGAAACAUGA